AUGGCGCUGCUUCGAACGGUCGAGACCGACCUGCGGAGCCUCUCGAUGGAGGCGCGCCGCCGCUUCCCCGAGGUCAAGGAGGCUGCGGAGCGCGCGCUCCAGCGGCUGCGCACGGCGCAGGAGUCGCUGCGGCAGGAUGCUCCGCUUGCUGAGCAGGCGGCGGCGGUCGCGACGUCGGAGGAGGUGCUCCUGCCCUUCACGCUCGCGCUGGCGUGCAAGUCGGAGGCUCUCCCUCUCUGUGCCCUCUCCGCCGUGCAGCGGAUGAUCUCGCACAGCGCCGUCGCGCCGGUCCAUCUGCCCGCGAUCGCGUCGCAGCUGAUCGCGCGGGCGCAGAUGCCGUCGGAGGACUCGAUGCUGCUCAAGGUGCUUCAGACGUGGCUCACCGGUCUCUCGUCGCCGGUGCCGACGGUGUUUGCGCUCGAGGUUGUGCAGCGAACGCUGGCCUCGCACGCGACGCUGUUCCUCGGCCAGCCCGACUUUCGUCACCUCCUGCACGAGCACGUCUGCCCGCUCGCGCUCAAGUGCAUGCAGCACACCGUGCAGCACCAGGCCGUGACCGACUGGGAGCACGCGCUGCGCGCCUGCCACCUCACCGCCACCCUGCUGCUCAGCUACGCGCGCGCCGUCCGCACAGAGGCGGAGAUUCUGCUCGUGACGCUUGGGAAGAUGCUCGAGGCGGAAGGCACCCCCAUCUGGCAGCGCGCGCUCGUGCUCGAGACCUUCCGCCUCCUCUCCUCGGACGCGCCGCUCCUCACCGCCAUCUUCACCGCGUACGACCUCUCGCCCUCCUCCUCCAACGCGCUGGCCACCCUCGUCGGCGCCACAACCAAGCUGCUCACUUCGCCGCAAGUCGACUUUUUGGCGCACGCGGAGUUCAUCGAGCCCCUCUUCCUGCGCCUCUCCCGCUCUGCCUCAAACUCGAAGGCCGCCACCUUCAACACCGCACUCUACUCGGAGGCGGACGGGUCUCACGUCACAAACGACUACGCCGCCGCUCUCGCCAUCGAGUGCCGCGCGGCCGCGCACGGCACGGCGAGCGGCGAGGAGGCGGCCAAAGGCGGCGGGGUGGAGCGCGCAAAGAUCGUCAUCGGGGGCGUGCACUUGUCGAUGUCGGAGGCGGCGCGCGGCGAGAUGCAGCUGGCGCGCUUCUCUUCCGACGAGGCGGUGCAGGCGACCCUCAAGGCCUUCCAGGCCUUCACGCACGCAUGCGGCCGCCUCUCGAUGCAGCAGCCGCGCGAUGCGCUGCUGGCGGCGCUCUGCCGGUACGCGCUACCGCCGCGCGCGCGGCAGGAGCUGCAAGAGGCGUCGGCGCUCUCCUUCGCGCCGCCGGACGCGGCGUACGAGCCGCUGCCGCACACGUCCCUCUCCGCCAAGAACGUGCUCGCUCUCAAGGCCCUCUUCAACAUCGCGCACUGCAUGGGGUCGCUGCUCGGCUCGUCUUGGAACCUGGUCCUGCAGACCUUCGAGCAGCUCGACCGCAUCAUCCUCUCCUCCAAGCUCACCGCAGCCUCGCCGCAGUCCGCCGAGCGCGCGGCGGCGCUCGGCGGCGCCGACGCGGCGACGCAGGAGCUGGGCCUGCUGCACACGGCGCUGAGCAACCUCCGUUCGCGUCUCAACCUCUUCGCGUCUGUGACCGUCGAGCUCGACGACGAGGCGCUCGGCCACUUCCUGACCGCUCUCUCGACGCAGUGCUUCGCGUCGCUCGCCCACGAGGCAACCUCCAAGGAGAAGCUCGCCGCGCCCGGCUCGGGGGCGGGUGGGACGGCGCAGCGACUCUUCGCCCUCACGCGGUUCGUCGAGACGGUGCUGUGCAACCUGCACCGCGCGCCUGCCCUGUGGCCGCUCGUGACGCAGCUGCUGCUGCCCGUGGCGAACCACAAGGUGCCGCGCAUCCGCGUCGUCGGGAUCGAGUCCCUAGAAGCGGAAUACGGCGGCUGGGGCGGUGGGUGGGACAGGCACGUCCUUUCCCCGCUCGAGGAGCUGCAGCGCCGGUGCGCGCACCGCGAGACACAGGAGCGCGUGCUGCAGUGUGUCCACCAGCUGCUCCGCUCGUGCGGCGCCGGGCUGGUCGAGGGCUGGCUGCUCAUCCUCUCUAUCUUGUGGCGCGCCGCCACCAAGCCCGCGCUGCUGCCGCUGCUGCCGCUCGCGAUCCGCUCUGUCCAGCUCAUCGCCUCCGACUUCCUGCCCUCCCUGCCGCCGCCGUGCCUGCUCGCGUACGUCGAGGCGGAGCUGGCUGGGUCUGCGCUCGCUCCUGCGCCGCGGUACGGCGAACUGCGCGUCGAGGAGCCGGUCGAGUCGCACGAGCUGUGGUGCGCGAUCGCGCGCCAGCUGAGGCGGCUUGCCGCUGACGAGCGGACCGAGGUGCGGACCUGCUCGCUGCACACGCUCACCUCCAUCCUCACGUCGCACGGCGCGCAGCUGUCCGGCUCGACAUGGGACUACGCGCUCUUCCGCGCGCUGCUGCCGAUGAUGCGCGAGGUGUGCGAGGCCGCCGCUGCGGCGUGCGCGACGCAGCAGGUUGCCAAGCCGCUCGGCAAGGAGGGCGGCGUCCCCGUGCUGAUGCUCCUCCACCACUCCCGCGACACCGCCUCCAAGCAGUGGGACGAGACGUGGGUGCUGCUACUGCACUCGUCGACGCGUCUCUUCCGCGCCUUCCUCCCCACGCUGAUGGCGCGGCCGCGCUUCUCCAAGGCGUGGGCGCGCCUGCUCGCCUUCUGCCGCACGUCGCUGCUCGCCGCCCGCCGCUCCGUCGAGGUUUCCAAGGCGGCGAUCCACGCCCUGGCGCCGGCGACACCUCACGAGAGGCUGCCGAUCGCGCUCUGGACCUCCGUGUGGGGGCUCAUCGAGAGCGCCUCCUCCGAGAUGGCGGCCGACGCAGAGGCGUACGACGCCAACGCCGAGGCGCCGCGCGCGACGACCGACCACUCUCCACGGGCGCGCGACCGGUUCGAGGAGGCGGAUGUCCUUCGGCUGGCGAGGCUCGCGGUCCCUCCCGGCGCGUCGAGUGGCUGGGACCCGUACCGCCCGCCCGCCAAGCCGUCGCCGCUGCAGCUCUCCGCGCUCAAGCUGCACGCAUACUCGCUGCUGCUGCAGCUGCUGACGAGCGGCGUGCCGCCGCUGGCCCAGCUGGAGGUUCUCGAGGACGCGUUGCAGGUCCUUCGCGCGAUCCUCGAGCUCGCGCACUCGCCCGAGGUGCUCUGCCCCGCGCUGCCAAAGGAGGUUGCAAGGACCUUCGUCGGCCUCACGCGCGCGGUGCUGCCAGCCCUCGCCCUCGCCUCCGCUGGUGAGACGCCGACCGCCGGCUCGGACGUGGCUACGCCCGCCGCGCACGACGAGAUGAUCCGAGCGAUGUGGGCGCUGCUCUCGCCGCCGCCGCAGCGGGGUGGGGGGGCGGAGGCGGAGGCGGAGUACGCUGCGCGGGCGGGCGGGGGCAAGAGGACCCUCCUCCUGCCCACGGCGCCGGAGAAGGAAGGAGCGGGCGCCGCAUAA